AAGCGGGCGGUGAGCUGGAACCCCAUCCAGCUGAGCUGGCUCUGUCUGGUUUGAGUACCUAGCCGCGUCUGUCUCUCCGGAUUUGUUGUUGUGGAAGCCCGUGUAACAAGGGGAGAACGCUUUGGGUUACGCUAAAUCGUGGGUGCGACGCAUAGGAAGCAACUUUUGCAUUAAACUGACUACUUACGACGUUGGAGACCACGCAUUAUUAAUACGUUCAACGUUAUGGAUUCUGCAAAUCAAGACAUUAACCUCAACUCUCCCAACAAAGGCCUGGGGACGGACUCUCUGACGGACGUGUCAGUGGAAGGAGCUGCCGGUAAUGCAGCCAGCACGCUGCCCCCCGGGCUGACCGAGGAGGAGGCAGAGGAGCUGAGGUCUGAGCUCACCAAGGUGGAGGAGGAGAUAAACACCUUGCGGCAGGUGCUCUCUGCCAAAGAGAAACACGCAUAUGAGCUCAAGAGGAAACUGGGCCUGAGCCCUCUGAAUGAGUUCAAACAGAACCUCACCAAAGGCUGGCAGGAUGUUCAGACCUCCAAUGCCUAUGUGAAAACCACUGAGAAACUUGGGGAGUGGAAUGAGAGAGUUACCAGUUCUGAUUUGUAUAAGAAGACUCAGGAAACUCUGUCGCAGGCCGGCCAGAAGACAUCCGCCGCCCUGUCCAACAUGGGCACAGCCAUCAGCAAGAGACUGGGCGACAUGAGAGCUCUGCCUUUUUCACAUUCCUUUGGCAACUACUCCAUUCGCCAUUCAAUAAGUAUGCCUGCAAUGAGGAACUCCCCAACCUUCAAAUCCUUUGAGGAUAAAGUCGGAAACAUCAAGUACAAGGUCGUCGGUGGCCGAGGCAAUGGAGGAGUCCAGUCCCCGACCGAAACAAAGCCAGUUCAGGACAACGCUCCCUUCUGAAGCGCCUCUUCGCAGGACUGUGACGUCACUGCAUCACUGAGUGACCCCUGACCCCCUUCCCUCCCUCUACACGCACACACACACACACACACACAUACACAUGGACGAA